AUGGAAGGGGUUGUAACUCUCUAUACCGUCUCACAAGACGCCCCGGAGAACUACCAACCAUUCCAAUAUUAUUUAGAUUAUACAGGAGAUGAAGCAGUUCAAACUGCUAAGCAAUAUUUAAAUAUUCCUCCUAAUAUUACAUGCAAUGCAUACGUUCAAAAAGCUGACGGCUCAACAUUCUGGCUUGAUAUGAUUCAAACGCUUAGAAUGCAAGGCCUUGAGCAAGGAAAUGUUAUCGGUUUACAAUAUGUUGCCCCACCGCAACCCGAAUUCAACAAUCAACCAAUGCAAGCAUUGAACACCGAUUUUAAUCAACAGAUGCCAUUUCAAGAUCCACAAUUUUAUCAACCAGUCGAGCAACAACAGUUUUCUCAGUUUGAUUAUAGUGGAUUGCAGGCACCUCCAAUCGAUUCAAUGCCAUAUAUGUCUACUUCGUUUGACUCGAUUAUUGCACCUUUCGCUUCCUUGGAAGGUCUCCAAGCUCAAUUUUACAAGACAGACGAUUUCAGCGACGCCGCACAAUUUGCUACAGGCAUGUUUGCCAAUUUCAACUUCAACUUUGCUAUGCAAGAACCAGAAACUAUUGGACCCACGAUUAUCGCGAAAUCUCUGAAUAUAGAUGAUGAUGAAGUUACAAUCCUUGGCACCAUGAAUGACGAAUACGAGUUUAACAUUAACUCCUCAAUUGCAGAUUUCAACACCAACUUUGGCUGGGGUGCUGCCUCUGGUGAUGCUGAAGGUGGAGGUGAUGUCAGCGAAGAAGUCGUCACUUUAUUCACAUUUUUCGCUUUCAAGGAAAAGUCCGUUAAAGUCAUCUACAGAGUUUACGACAACUUGCAAGACUGCUUGCAAAUGGCUUUCAUGACUAUGGGAAAGGACAUGGAAGAAGAAAUGGCCAUUCUCAUUACACAGGAAAAUGGAAGUGAUCCAGUUUGGUUCGCAGAAGGAAAGUUCCUUUCCGAUUACAAUCCUUCACAAUCAACCGAAAUUCACCUUUUCAACAGAUACACUUCGGUUACAGUUCAUUCUCAGCAUUAUAAAUCAAUCAAAAUUACUCUCGAUAUUACUAAGCCUGUCAGCGAAUUGGUUGGCGACAUCGCUCAGGCAUUAGAUCUCGAUUCUUACCACUGCUUCACAUUGUGCUCAAUGGAGAAUCCAAAUCAACCGAAGUACAUGUCCAUUGAAAAAUCUAUCCCAGAACAAACGAAAGUUCUCAAGGAAGUUAUUUUCAUGAGACAAUACUACCUCUUCUCAUUGGAAGAUAUUACAACAAUGCAGCAAGCAAUUUACGCAUUCGAAGAUGCCAAAGAAUUGGCAAACAAGAGCAAACUCGAACUCAAAAAAGAAGAAGUUCUUAAAUACGCCGCUUACAACUACGUAGCCACGAACAAAGGUGAUAUGACCAAUGUACCAGACGAUGUCUCUCCUUACUUGCCACAGAAGCUCGGCGAGAAAGGAAAAGACGCCGGAAAAGGUGAAUCAGUCCAAAAAUUCCUGGACAAAUACGGCCGUCGCUUAGACCACUUCAACGCCAUCAAGAACUUCAUCGGAUUACUUAGACAUAUCCCUGGAUUUGCCGCUCAAUCCUUCGAUUGCCAUAUUACAACAAAAAUUCACGGCGAAGACGUUGACAUGAACGUUAUCGUCGAAGUCAAUCCAUAUCGUCUUUUGAUCCGUGACAGAUACGGAAAUAUCGAAGAACGUGUCUCAUAUACUGAAAUUAUCUACGUCCAAUGCGUUGAUACUCUUGAUAUCCGUUUCGCUCCAUGUGCUGGCAAGAACGCUCUCUACCAGUUCGAAUCAGAUAACGUCGAUCAGAUGUACAAACUUAUUUGCAGAUAUCGUGAAAUCACAAACAAGAUUUACACAGAUAGAGGUCGUAAGUUUGCAAACAAGGGUGAUUUCCAUACACUUAUUACUGAAAAAACUGCAAUUUACCUUGGUGCAACAACAGAUCUUGGCGAUCAGCAGAUCAAAGAGUUCAAGUUCGACAGAAGAUUCUCAGGAUCCAUUCUUCGCAAGGCCUGCGAGCAGUACCUUGGUGUUCCAGAGGAUCCCAACCAUGUUUGCGUUAUUCAUCUCGUCGAUACAGUUUAUCGUUGGGUUAAAGACGACGAUAUCCUUCAGACAUACUCAUUACAGGAUGGUAUGGUUGUCUAUCUCCUCGACAGGAACAAAAAUAUCAGAAUCCAUUAUCCAGAUGACUCGGUUAAGACCGUCAGAGUUGAUAUAACCAAGACAAUCGAAGAGAUCUCCAAGGACCUCUUCAAGAAAGCAAGGUUACCAGUCAUGCUCGGCUACACUUUAUGGUGGCCAGAUCCAAACAAAAACAUCAUCCCCCUGGAUUUCCGUUUAACUCUCCCUGAACAAGUCGAUUACUACAAUGAACUUUACUUCAAGAGAAGAUUCUACGUUCUUACCAGUGAAGUUCUCCAAGCUACAUCCGGUGCUGUACAAACUGUCAUUGAAUGCUCCAAAUACUGCAACGAACAAGGCUUCAAAGUCGAAGAAAAAGAUAUGAUUAUGUUUGGUCUUACAUAUCUUUAUGCAAUGGGAACACGCGGUAUCCACAAAGGCAAAUACGAACUUGCUGAUAUUUUGCCACCAGGAAACAACGUUCCAGCCAAUAUCCAGAACCAAUUCGCCGAAGCUUUGAAGGAAUCAAGAGCAAUGACACAACUUUCCGCAGCAAAGAAAUACAUCGGUAUUUGCAGAGGUUUCCCAGAUUUCGGUGUCGAGAAACACAAAUUCUCAUCGUACAAGGAUGACUACGGAAAAGGAGCAAGCAUCAAGAAAGGAUCAAUUGCAAUUGGUCCAUUCGGAUGCACAAUUCUUGAUUCAAAAGGAAGCUUAGUUUAUGAAAGAAUUCCAUAUCGUGCCAUCAAGCAGUAUUCAUCAUCAUUGAGCAAUUUCAAGUUGAUUUUCCAGUACCACAAGUAUACAAUCACAGGUUUCUUCAAGAUCAGAGAUUCCGAAACAAUCAAUAUGUUGUUGACAUACAACAUCAACUUGAACCACGAUUUGCAGAUUCUCAACAAGGAAAGAGAAGCUGAACGCAGCCACGAAACAUUGCUUAAAGUCAACGGUGGCUGGAAAGAUGAACAAGGAAGAGUCCAUGGCCCGAUGAUCGAUCUCAGAGUUGGUGUUUGGGGUGAAUCACAACUUAAAGAUGCUUUGUGGUUCGAUCUUGAAACACCACAGCCACAAGUUUUGGAGUCAGCUCUUGCAAUCACUGCUACUGACCAUAACCAAGAAUAUGCAACAUUAAUACAGAUCUUCAAAGGUAUUAACAAAUGGUUACUUCCUCACAUGGUUCUUUCUGAUGUUCAUCCAUAUCGUGAUGGCAUUAUUUACCUCCAUCCUGCAAAGUUGAGGAUCAAAUUCAUCACAUCAGAUCAGAGAGGAAAGACAAUCGAAAUUGUCACAACAAAGACUGUCGAAGAACUCAUCCCAUUGAUUGCAGAAAAGUUGAAAUUCAAGUACUACUCUGGCUACGCUUUGUUCAAACAGGGCAAGAAGAAGCUCAGAACAUUGGACAACUGGAAGACAAUCACAGAACAAAUCAACAGAAUCUGCGAUUUACACUUCCGCCGCUUCUUCUUCAUCAUUAACAAAGCUGAAUUCGAAGAUCCAGAUGCUUUGCUUCAGCUCUACUAUGAUGUCAAGCAGUUAGUUCUCGAAGCAAAGGUUGACAUGCAACUCAAACAAGCUGUUGAACUCGCCGCCAUGAGUAUCACAGCUGAAGUUGAGAAACCAACUUCGAAGAGUGUUCCUGAUAACAUUGCACCAUUGUUACCAGAAGGAAUGUCUUUCCACAGGAGAAAUCGCAAUGAUAUUAUUGAUUACGUCAACAAGAACAAGCAGUUAUCAACAACAGAAGGAAAGAUCAAGUACAUCAACAUCGUCAGAGCCAUGCCAACAUUCGGUGUUACAAGACAUAACUGCACUUACAUCCAGCGUGAUGAAAAAGGUGUUGCUGAAAUUCCAUCAACAAUCAUGGUUGGUCCUUCAAGAACAUUCGUUGUCCACAAGACUCUCAAUGAACAACUCGCACAAGCUGAAUACAAACAUUACAUCAAGACAGAGUAUACUGACACUGAAUUGUUGAUUAAGUAUUCAUCCGACAAAGAAACUAGUACACAGCACAUCCUUGUCAGAGCAAGUGAUCCAUCAAUCAUUGCAUCAUUCAUCACGAAGCACAUCGAUAUGAUCAACAAGUUGUUGCUCGAAAGAUGCAAGGAUUACGAUCCAAACUCCGAUCCUCUCAUGUCAAAGGAACGUGUUGUUUUGAGAACAUCUUUUGGCUGGAAAGUCAAAGAAUCAGAUCCAAUCCAGUUAUACGAUAUGAGAGCAAAUGGCGCAAACUUGUUAAAGAGAGCAGGCAAAUUCAUCAAACUCGAAGAAGACAUCGAAUAUUCACCAUUACUUAAGCUCACAGAUGAUGAAUACAGAUGGAUUGCACCAGACCAAGUCCUCGAAUCAUUAUUCCCAUGCGAUUACAUGCUCCUUCAGAUCUUCCCGACAUUGGUAAACAUCAAUGUUCACCUCGAAGGAGAGGCAUCUCGCACAGUAACAAUCAACAUCACGAAGCCAUUGAAGGAUUUGAUUCAAGACAUCGCUGAUAGAUUGUUUGUCGAUUACUACAUCGGCUACACACUCUUCAUCGAGCGUCCAAACAAACCACCGCUUCCAUUGGAUCUCUUCUACUCCAUUCCAGAACAAGUUGGUGAAGCUCAUGAUUUCUUGUUCAAGAGAAGAUUCUUCUCAUGGACAAGAGAAGACAGACAACAAGACUUCGUUGUCAGAUCAUUGUAUCCAGAUGUCAAGGCGAAUAUCAUGAGUGGUAUUCCAACAUUGAACGAUACAAAGCCACAGGAACUCGCUAUCUACAUGAUCUAUGCAGAAACACAAGAGAAAGAUCCACAGAAGAUUAAGAUUCCUGAUCAGAAUUCUCUAUUCCCGAAGAGAACUAACUCCGAGAAAAUCAACAUGGAGAACAUUAAGAAAUAUAUUAAGACAAACGACCCAUUGAAGCCAAUUGUUGCUGUCAAGAAAUACAUCCAAGUUGCAAAGAACUGCCCGAACUUCGGCUCAGAAAUCUUCAAUGUCCAACUCUCCGAUGAUACAAAGAUCAAAACUCCAGCAGACAUCAAAGUUGCGAUCGGUCCAAAUGGUGCUUUCUUCUCAGGUAAGUACAUAAAAACUAAGCCAGAUGGAACAGAAGAAACGGUCAAGAUGAAUGAAAAGGUCGGUUAUCCAUUCAUCCACGAUUACUUCUUGAUGGUCGAUCACGUCACAAUCCGUGUUUCUCAGCCAAAUGGAUGCAUUAGAAGCUUCUAUCUUACAUCAGACAAAGCUCCAGCGUUCUAUUCGGUCAUGAGACAAUACAUCGAAAUCAUCAAUCCAUUCAUCAAGCAACGUGAGAGACUCCAGUCCGCAAACGAAGAUUUGAAGAAGAAGAUCACAGGAAUGAUCGACUUCCCAAUCAAGAUCGCCGUUACUCGUCGUUUGGACCAUCCAAAUCCACCACAAUUCAAGUUCGGAAGAAACUUCACAGGCUCCAAAAUUAUUGAUUUGUCACUUUUCUACUAUGUUUUGCCAAUUGAAAAUGACAAGUGGUGUUUGCUUUACAGAGACAAGAACAUGGAGUUCAGCUGGUUCAAACCAUAUCAGAAACUCCAAGAGUUCAGUCCUGAUCCACAAGAUCUCAUCCUUUUGUUGCAGAAGAUUCCACAAAUCACAGUAGCAAAUGAACAUGGAUUAGUUCACAAAUUCGAUCUCGAUAUCACACAGAACAUUAUCGAACAGACACAAAUUACAAACGAGUACUUCAAGCAAGGAUCACAUCUUGGCUUCACAUUCUACAACACAACAGAAGACAACAAAUUACAUCCACUCAAUUUCUCAUUCUCUCUUCCAAUUCAGACGAGAUAUUACAGCAACCUCACAUUGCGUAGAAGAUUCUUCGUCUUCACACAAGAGAUGUUCGAUGAUAACCUUUCUUUGUUCUCCAUUUACAAGGAUUCAAAGAACUUCGUCCUUUCAGGAAAACUCGUCUUGAAUGUUGAGAAAGCAAUUGAAUUGGCCAUUUUGUCUCUUUACGCUGAAGCAAGUGAUCAAGCUAAAGUUCUCGAAAAGAUGGUCAAUGCCAAGCCAGAACAGAUCCAGUUGCUCUUCCCACAAGCCAUUGUUGUCGAGAACAACCUUGCUCAGAAGUUCUCAAAGGCAUUGACAGUUCAACCACCUCUUGAAAAGUCUAAGGCUGCAAGAACAUACAUCAAUUCAAUCAUGAUGAUGCCUGGCUACGGUGAAGAAGUUUAUGAUAUCGAUUUCUUGUUCAGAGAUGAUAACAUGGAAGGAGAUACAAUCGAAUUCCAGCCUGGCCGUAUUUCAUUAUCACCACGUUCUAUUUUGCUCAUCAAUAACCAAGCAUUCAUUGUUGGUGAAAUCUUCUAUCCAUUCUUGGCUGAUUGGUUAGUAAUUGAUAGUACAAAUAAUUCAGUAUGCAGUGACAUUCUCGCUGUCAAUGAUCAAAUGGUCAUUGUCUUCCAGUACAGUGAUUUCCAAGGAAACUCUUAUUCCGUUGAAGUCCAUUCAAAGGAUAUUGCAGUUAUUGCAUCAUACAUUUCCAACUUGCUUGAAAUCUUUGAUAUGCCAAACAUCGGUACAAUCAUUGAUUACAACCAAGGUCUCAACUUCAAGAGAGAAGUUGUUGUUGAAGAAGAUUUCGAUAUCGAUUACUUCCAGCACGAUUUCGAUCAGAUCACAUCUUUGGAUUUGGAUCUUGGCGUAAAUGACACAUUAUUCCAUCGCGAUGAUGACGAUGUCGUCAUUGAUGACAUGGGAAUCUCCUUCGAGAAGAAAGAAAUUAAUGAACAAGAAGUUAAUUUCGCAGAUGCAACAACAGAUAUCGUUGAUGAGGAUCUUGAAUGGCGUGCGAACACAGAUGGUUUGCAACACCAGAGAACAGGAAGAUUGCUCGACAUGUUGCAAGUUCAACUCGAUAUUCCAACAGAAGAAAUCGAGAAUCUCAAUCCAAACCAGCUCUUCCAGCAAUUUGCAACUCUCAACGAUGCAAUCAACACAUUCGUCCAGGAAUGCGACAACGAUGAUUUACGUGACAGGUUCUUGAACAUCAGAUCCAACAUCGAUGCUCUUUGCGAUACAACACAGAGCAUCCUCCAAAACGACCAAGAACUCAGCCCAUUCGCAGAACAGAUCCAUGCACAGUUAGUCACUGCUUUGCAGGCAAUUCCUGUCGCUAGAUCAACUUCUGAUUUCGUUUUCGAGAACUUCAAAGUCACUAUCAAAGAUCAGAUCAACCAGACGCCAAAUCUCAUCAAGAGAGAAAUGCCAGAGAUCUCCAAAGGUCUCAUUGGAAUAUCAGAUGAACAAGAACUCAUCGCUGAUACAUUGCUCAAACACGCUGCUCAUCUCAAAGCACAUAACAUCGAUACAUUCGAGAUCCAGGCGAAGUUGAGGAAUACAUCAUCGACAUUAACAAGAUUAGCUUCAACAUUGGCUGAACAGAAGAAUGUCACAAUGAUCACUCCUCACUUGGUUCCACAGUUCCAGACUGCUUCUGCAGAACUUGCUGAAGUCGGUGCCAUUUUGGAUACACUCAAACAAGAUGGUGUUUCAAUCGAAGAUCUCGGUGAAGCACACAGCAAGUUCAAGCAAUUGCUGGCUGCAACACACGCAAUGAUCAAAGAACAGACACAGCAAUCAUCAGAAAUCCAGAAGAGAGAUACACUCAUUGUUAUGGGUAACGAUGCAAAUAUCCCAGACUUGAUCAGGCAGUUAGAUGAUCUUCCUAACAACAAGAUCAAUUCUCUUACAGACGAUGCAAAGGCAAUGGUUAAAUCCGCUUACGAUGCUAUUGAUGAACUGAAGAAAGUUCUAUCACAGUUGAACAACAUGCCAACAAGCGAAGCAGCGAGAUUAGAAUCAAUUGCUCAUCUCCACAGAACAAACGAAGCAAUUAAAGAUGCUUUGAUACAAUUGCAGAAGUUACCAUUCGGUGGAGAGCAUCAACCAGUCUUGAUGAAACUCAUGGACAUCCAGAAAUUAGUUGCCAAUCAAUUGGAUUAUAUUUCAACAAGAAAUAUCACUCCUAUCUCUGUUGCCAAAGUUAAUGAUGAUAUCAACUAUUUGUUGAACUUCGUUGGCAGAUUGAACCGCCAAACAAUCGAUCAGAUUGGAGAAAACAACAUGGAAAUCAUCAACAAACUCAAGGACUACCAGUACAACUUGGCCCAGCAACAGAGCGCUCUCAUGGCAAACACUGUUGAUCAAAACGCUGUUUCUAAGGCACAAUCAUUGAUUUUGCAGUUGAAGGCCGAGCUCCCAGAAAUUAACUCAUCCAUCUCAAGAGUUGCAGGCAUCACAAGAGAUGCAAACAUCCCUGUGAUUAUGGAGAGAUUAGAUCUCAACAUCUACAAGGCAAUCAAUGAUCCAAUCGCUGAAGGUGAGAACUUGGCACUUUGCGAUUACGUUCUCAAGACUCAGGAAUCAAAUUACGCUGUUGCUAAUUUGAUCAAUGAAUUAACAGCGAUCUCGAAGUUACCAGCCGUUUGUGAAGAUCCAGAAUUGUCAUUCCGUUGCGCAAAGUCAAUUGAAAUGUCACAAAAGACAUAUUUGGACAUAAAUGAUGUCAGAAAUGACAUUGUUCAAAAUCCAUAUUCAAAGAGCGCUCAAGAUGCUUGCAGAGAUGCAAUCGUAAGGAACUUGGCAACAAUGAAGGAAAUCCAAGUCUUGGCACACAGAGUUGCUGAUGUUGCACAAAAUGUUAAAGUUGAUCAGUUAACUGAUGAAACAAUUUCAAGUUAUUCCAAUGUUUUACACGCAUUAAAUAAUGCACAAGUUGACAAACUUCCAGAGUUAUCCAUGAAAUCACAAUCCAAACCAGAAUUACUCAGCAAAGUUACUCCGGAAGAUGUCCAGAAGGUUAUUGAUGCGUUGACAAACAUCAUCCACGUUACAACAUAUUACGCAGGAUUACCUGAAGUUGUUUCUAAUCCAGAUUUAUACAACGCUGCAUCAAAUUACUACAACACAUUCUACCAGCAGUACCAGCAAGUCCAGCAGAUGAUGAACAAUCCAACACCUGAUUUGUACGAGAUCGUCAAAGAUAUCAAGGCUAGAUCCAACAAUUUGCACAAAGUUGCAAUGCAAUUGCCAACAUAUGCAAACACUCCAAACUCUGACAAAUCAAUCCCAUCAAUUGUCGCCUUGUUGGAGCAGAUGCAGCCUGAAGUUGAUGUUCAAUCACAAUCAGAAGUUGUUGUUACAUUCGAUGACAUCAAGAAGCAACUCAAGGAUACAUCUCCAAAGAUCAAGUCGUUGAACCACCUCAUUAAGAAGUUGAAGAAGGCUGACAAUGUCAAGGAGAACAAGGCAAUCAUUGAGAUCUUGGAAGACUGGUCUAAAUCACUCACAAAUGCUGCUGACAAACUCAAUGUUCACGCUGUCGAAUCAACAUACAACAAAUCAUUGGCAAUGAGUGAUAAAGCAGGUUUGUUGGUUGCUCAGAGAAAGUUGGUUGUCAUUCCACUUAAAGUUAAACAAGUUUUGACUAAGGAACAAUCAGAAGAAUUAGGAGCAUCAAUGAGUGCAUUCAACACGAGUGCUUUAGCAUCAAUUGCUUUGAUCCGUAACUUACCACGUUCAAAGAAGAUCGAACUCAACAAGACGAAACUUCCAAGAAUCACAGAAGACACAGAAAUCGAUGAUUGCGUUCCAUUGUUACAAGAUUACGCUUCAAGAAUUCGCCUUAUCUUGGAUCAGUUCGCAAAUCUUCCACAGAUCCAAGAAUCAGCCAAUUCUCUCAACCUCUUGAACCAGAUGAGAAAGAGUUUCGAGUACAUUGAUUACGACAAUCUCAAAAGAAUUGGCGAAAAACAAUUAUCAGAGAAAUUGGUGUCAAUUCACAACGCAACACCAGGAAUUAUCUCUGCCUGCGAACUUCUUCAGCCAUUAGCUGAUUCCGAUGCAUUGACUGUUGCUUUCAAGGGCUUCAAUGACUUCUCGAAUUCCAUCUACAAGAUGAUUUCUGUUCCACACAUGAACAACGCGAAAUCACAGGAAUUCAUCUCCCAAGUCAUGCCACAACUUCAACAAGUCGAUGCUGCAAUCACAAAAGUACAAUCCAAUCCAGCAAUUCAGUCGAAUUUGCUCCUUUCAAGUUCGAUCAGAAUCAUCCAAAACAUGGUUCAACAACAACUCAGAGAAUUACCAACACUCAAACCACGCCGCGUACAACAGGCUUGCGACGACAUCUACGGCUCAAUCUGUGCAGUUUUACCACAGAUUUACGAGAUAAACAACAUCUCAGAGCUCGAAGAUUCAUUGCAAUCUCUUGGUUACACCACAGAAACAUACACUGCUUUACCAGCACAGAGAAAGGCUAAGACAGAAUCAUUGAUAAUCAAAGACCAGUUGAUUUCCAAACAAGCAUUGAAGUCAUUAGUCGAACAUCUCGAUACCAAUUUGACAAAUGACAUCAAUGAAAUUGACAGCGAAUUAUACCAGAACAUCACUGAAUCCCUUAAAGUUAUCAAUGAUCACCAGAACAACGUUCCACAAUCAAUCAGAUUGGCUAUCAAAGAUCUCAUUCCAUUGAUGGCAAGAAAGAAUAAUACAGCAAUUAUUCCUUCAUGCAGAUUGAUUACAAAUGUUGACAACAGCUACGAAAACAAGACAGAAACACAGACACAAAUCGCUGUUUCUGCAACUGUUUCCGCUGCACAAACAUUACUUAAGAUGAACAAGGCAAUGAAGUACUUACAAGACCAAAUCAGAGACAACGCAAGGAAGUUUGGUCCUGAAGUACAAUACUACGAAACCAAAGCUUUGUCUUCUCUUAAGGAUUCCGAUGCCAAAUUGUUAGUUGAGUGCAGAACAUUACCAGCAGCAAUUCUCAACAUCGAACAGCUCCACAACAACAGAUCAGACAUCGCUUUACUCAUCCAAGCCCUCAAAGACAAUGAAAUUGUCAAAGGCAUCGUCCAGCCAUUGGAAGAAUCAUUAGUUUUCUUCAACAACACAUUACAUGAAGUAGACAAUUCCUUCGCUUCAAUUCUCUUGAAUAACUUGGAGAGAAUCGCUUACACAUUGGAUAGAAUCAAUAUUGAUCAUCCACAGCUUACUACUCCACAAGUUAUGGACUUCUUACACCAAGUAACUCCAUAUUUGAAGAAUGUAAACAGACAAACAAAUGUUGGCCGCAGAGAUUUGGCUCAGGUUUGCAGGAUCUACCAGCACUUCUUGGCCAAUGUUUAUAAUCACAUUAACUACAAGAAGAAGCAAGAAGAGAAGGAUGUAAGAGAAUCAGUUGAGAAACUCGAUCCAUUCAAGAAUUUGAUUGAAUUAUACGCAAAUCCAUUGACUUUCAACGACAAAGCUGAUACUUUGAACCAUCUUUUGGCUUCUUUGAUUCUCGCUUCAAAGACAUUUGAACACGUGAAACAAGAAGCACAACAGAACCCAGAACAAGCUGCAACACUUCUUGCUUCAACAUGUGAUUUGAUACAAGAAGUCGAAAUGACGAAUUCCAUUGCAGAACAAUUUGGAUACAGUGAUCCAGUAUCCAAAGAAAAGAUCACUAAAGUUACAAGCAAGAUUGAAGAAAUCACUGCUAAAUCACAUGCUGGAAUGACACAGACAACAGCAUCAGAUUUAACAGAACUCUCUAUUUUGUUAUGUGAUUUAGUUGAAAUGAUCACUAAACAACAGGAAAUCGACUUCAAUUCACAAGAUGCAAACAUUCAAAUCAAGGAUGUCAACACAGAACUUUAUCUUUCAUCAAUUACUGACCAGUCCUGCUACAACUUAGCUCUUCAAUCCAAUCAAUUGAUGCAAGGACUCAAGGAGAAGAUGAAGACUCUCAAGGCUGCAAGAGCAAACAAUUACCAAGCCUCGACAAACGUCAAAGAUUUCGUUAAGAAACAAGCAACACAAGCUGCUCUUUCCGCAUCAAGUUUGUCUGUUUCAUUGAAUCCAACACUUUCUAUCACUUCUUUGGAUCCACACAUCAUUGCUCCUGCAGUUAUUCAGUCUGUACAAUACGGACCUGUUUAUGCAGCAGCAGUUCCAAUUCUCCAGCAGCCGAAGUUGUCAUCAUCCAACACACAGUUGAUGAUACAACAGAGAUUGGAAGCUUUGAGACAGAAGGAAUUAUCAGAAUUCCCAGAUGUCGUCAAACAAUUGUCCAACAAGUCAUAUUCUGCAUUUACUCCAGAUCAAAUCACUGAUUCUAUUAUGUCAAUCCAAGAUCUAUUAUCAAAGGUUGACAAUUCACAAGCAAUUGAAGAAGCAUUGUCUCGUUUGACACCAUCACAAGUAUUAGCACAACAGCAUGUUCUUAAGUUUGCAAUCGAAGGAUUAACAAAUGAAACAAUUGAUGCACAGAUUGUUACAUCAGAUCAGGGAUUAUCUGCAACUAAACUCAGUUUGCUUGAAGCAACAGCUCAUAAACAAGCAACAUCUCCAUCAGAAUUAAAGAUCAGAACAGUUUCAGAUAUCAAUUCCGCAAUGAUGAAAGAUUUGUCAUUAGUCAAUCUCCUUGAAUCUCUUCAAGCUGUUUCUCAGCACAUGAUCUCGCAAACACCAGAACUUUGCCGUUUCGUCAAUACUCCAGAAGGACAACAACUCUUCCGUUCUCCAUUAGAUGCAGGCCAAAUCAUCGAAGCACAGCAACAAAUCCUGAGACAAAUUGCUUUGUCAGACAGCCAGGAGAACUUGGCUGCUUACACAAGAACAUUCACUCCAGCACAGAUGAUUAACCAACAGAGAUUAAUCACACAAACAAUCAACAUGUUGACAUCCGAUGAAGUCUAUGACAUCAUCAAUGACAGCAAUGUCGGAACAACUCCAAUCGAAAUCCUCAAGGCAGCAAACAUCAAAGUUCAGAACAAUCUCAAGGAAAGUGGUGAAGAAAACAACACUUCUUUGAUUGAUAUCGCAUCUCUCCACAAAUCACAGGAAUUCAUUAAUGAUUUGAUGGAAAGAGUCCAGCUCGCACAAGCACUGAUGACAGUCCAAAACGCUCACGAUGCUGCAACACCUGGCUUGCAUGCAAAGAUAGAAAAGAUCGAUGUCGCACAGCCAAUUGUUGGACAGUUCUUGGAACAGCUUUGCCCAGUUUUGAAGACACAAAUCGAGUACUGCAACUCUCCACAACAAUUCGCAGAAGUCAUUGCACAAAUGAAGACAGAAGACAUCGAUUCACAGCAGAGUUACAUCGCAUUCCUUGCUGGUGCAUUGACAACAUUACCAAGACAAGAACUCAACAACAUUCCAACAGUUUCAUUCCAAGAAUCAGCACGUGGUAUCAUUGAAAGAGUCACAAACAAAGUCAAUGAUAUCUUGUACAAUUCUCCAGAACAAUUAGCUGAUGUCAAUCCAAUUGAUGAUGAAACUAAUUACGAUGAAUUCACAAAGCAUAUCCAAGUUUUGAAUUCAUGCAUCACAGCAAACAACAUGGAGAGAAUUUUGUCUCAGAUCAGAUCCAAUUCUCAAUCAAUUGACCAACAGAUUAAAUCCGAGAAACUCCAGGAAGUUUUCAAUGACUCUAAAUUUGGUGUUAAUGAGGCAAACGAACUCAGAAACAACCUCUUAGUUCUCAACGACUUAGCCAACCAGUCGAAUGAAGAACUAGACCAGCGCAUCAAGUCAUUGAGUGAUGAGAAGUUGGUACAAUCAUAUUCAGUUGUUAUUGCAAAUCUCUUGAGAUUGAGUAACUUAGAUUCAGUUGCACAAAAGGUCAAAGCCAAAGGCGCCGAAGCCAGAAUCUUUGACAGAUCAUUGUUGAUUCAAGCAGAACCUCAUAAAGGAAUUGCACAGCACCCAAUUGCAGAAGUACUUCCUGAAGUCGCCGCAAUCAACGAUGAAUUACUCAAGACAUACAAGGAUUUGGCAAUUACAACAUUGUCAACGAACUUGUCCAAGCUUUCAUUCGAAUACGCCAAAUCAUUGGUCAAACCACCACAACAGAUCCAUCAAUUAUUAGCUGAGCAAAGAUCUGUAUUUACCUUGGAGAAGAUCUCUGGUCUCCAACAGACAAUGUAUCAGCAAAUUUACACAAUUUCUCAGCAAGAACAACAAGUUGUUGAUACAAUUGCACAGACACCAGAAACAGACAAAGCAGGAAUUGAGUCAAUGCUAGCUAAUUUAGCUCAAUUAUUCCAGACACCGGAAUACUUGAACGCUUGCACAAAUGACAUCAAUUUCAUUCCAAAUGAUUUGAAUGAUCCAAAGAUCAUCGAUCAAACUAACCAAGUUUCAGCCGCAACAAUUGCAAUGAAGCUCAUCCAGUACCAGCAACAAAUUCUCCAACAGAACAUGGACAUCAUUGCACAGAUGCCAUUGCAGAAUUCCUAUGUUUUGGAGAAAGUUUGCGCCACUGCAAAGGAAGCUCAGAACAGAGCAUUCAUCACAUCGAAGUUAAUUUCAUUGCAGAAAGAGUUGUUAACAAAGAACGAACAGUUAGCGAAGAUGGUCGAACAAGGAAGACAACAAGGAUCAAUGAAGAUCAACAUCAGUCCUGAACAAUUAGUUCAACUCCAGUGCGAAGUCAAAUCAUUAGUUUCCACACAGGCAACAGCAUCAAGAAUUGUUCCUUUGGCUGCAGGAAACGACCAAGAUCAGUUGAACAGAUUAUGCGUUAUCAACAACUUGGUUUCCAUUGUCAAACCAGAACAAACUGUUGUUACAGCAUUCUCCAACUUAAAUGACUUCAAUUCAUUGUUUGCUGACAUGUACAACACAACAACUGUUCCUGUCUCAAUCUCUUCCAUCCUCACGAACAAGCCAAAGACAGAACUCAUGGCUACAGCCAAUGCUGCACAAACAGCUGCAGGAUUGUUGCCUUUGUUGGCUCAGUUCUCUACAUUGCCAAUUUCAGAGUGCUCGAAUAUCUUCAGUUCAUCAAAUGUCGAAGCAAUCAAUAUCUUGAACAAAUUAAUGACUCCAAUUUCACAGAUGGACAGAGAUAUCUUAGUACAACAAUUGGCAGACUUGACACCACAAUUAGUUGCAUCUCUUUCCAGAGUUUCUUCAUCAAUCUCUGAUCCUGCAGUUAAAUCCGUCAUCAUCCCAGAUCCAACAAUCAUUUUGCAGACAGUUAACGAGAUCCAGAUGAAUGCUUACGACUUGAAUGAUCCACAUAAACUCGGCAGAUACAGACAGAUGUGUUCUUACUUAAUGCAGAUCUCAAAGAACUUGGCUGCUGCUUUAGUACAGCCACAGAAUGUCAACUUCGAGUUCAAGCCAGUCACAAACUGCGCAAAGAUUGUUGCAGCACUCAAAGCAAACGACAUCUCAAAGUUACACGCAGAAAUCAUCGAAUUCAAGGCUUUGAAGACAGCUGCAAUUGCAAUGAAGAAAGAAGAUCCAAUCAUCGAUGCACAGCUUGUUAACAUUUCCCAGAUCGAAGAUGCAAUCAACAGUUACUACAUCUCAGGAGUUGGUGCAGACAAGAACAUUUUGCCAGCACUUAAAGAUUCCGAGAAGAAGACAAUUGAUUUGAUCCAGAGCCAGACACCAAAUCCAUUCCAAGUUAUCGACGGAUUGCAGAAUCCAGUCAUGAUUGAGCAAAUCUUCACUGACGCGAGAAAGAACCUUGACCAGUCCACAAUCAAUCUUAUUUCCGCUGUCAACUCAAGAGACAAUGUCCGCGAGCAAGAUCUCAUCUCCGAAAUCAUCAAGUCUGUUGCAGAUUCACAGGCAGCGAUGUUCAGAGGAAUAGAACUCGCCAACUGCAACUCAGCACCAGUCUACACUGACUACAUCCACAUGAUUAACAGCUCAAUGGGUGCUCUCCAUUCCAUCAUCGAAAUCGGAAAGUCAUCAUCUGUUUCAAGCACACAAAUCAAGAGAGCAACAAGAUCAUUCAACAGAAUGAUCGCUUCUCUUGAAGACAUGAUCGACGAACAAGAUAUUUCCAAGCCACAAGCUCCAACAACUAAACUCGAACAAGUCAGAUUGGACUUCAUCAAGAGUCUCGCAAACUCUACAAGAAACAUCAUUACAACUGUUUCUGCAAGCGCUACAUCAAAGAUUCCUGAGUCAUUCGCUUCAAUCAUGAGCAUAGAGAAGCCAAGACUCGAAUCAGCAACAAUACAGUUACAUGAUGCUUAUGCUAGUUUGGUCCAAGUCAACACUGAUCCAACAGCAGGAAACGACUUCUCGAAGGAAUUCGAGCAGUUGUUCUCUGUUUUCAACGAGUUCAACAAGGUCAUCAAUGUUACAAAGGCUCCUCCACUCGAAAAAGUCACUACACAACUGAUCAACAUCUUCGAGAACAUGAACCACACAAUUGUUCAGUUGGAUAGAUUGACAGACAGAGACAUCAGAGUUCCAGAUAUGGAGAACGCGGAGAAGCUUCCAAAGGGAUUCCAGUUACCUCCAAUUCCAGAUACAACAGGAAUGACUUCUGCACAGGCAAUUCCUAAGUUUGAACAAAGUGUUCAGAAGUAUUCCGAUGCAGAAAACAAGUUCUACAAGACUUUGCAAGAUUCUCACGUUAAGAAUUUAGUUUUAGUCGAAGCAAUCAAGCCAGUUUAUGAUGCUGUUAAAGAAGUAACACAAUCAUUGUUGGCUGCUUCAGUAACUGUUCUUAACUUGGAUGCACAAAGAACAAUGACGAACUGCGCAUCAAUAAUCAGCGACAACUUCGAUCAGUUGAUCAAUUCCUUGAGAGACAAGUUCCUUCUCAAGGGUGAAUUCGACAUCGUCUCGCAGAAGAGCCGACAAGAAAUCAGAUCAUCGAUCGCAAUUGCAACAACAACAGCACGUUCCGCUCUCAAGAAGGAAGAGGAAGAACAACGCCAGUACGCUGCAACUGUCGCUAAAUACACAGCAGUCAUCAACCCAUUGCAAACAACCAAGGCACAGAUCGACGCAUUGCAGAAUUCUGUUUCCUCAAUGCCACCAAGCUUGGCAACAGAGUUAUGCAACUCCAUGAUCAAGCCUUCACAGGGUAUUUCCCAGACUUUGCUCACAAUCUUGUUGUUCUCAAAGGAUCACGACGGCGCAAUCAGAAACAUCGAUAGCGUUCUUCCUUUGGUCAACCAGAUCUCUGAACAACUGAGCCAGACGAACGAAUCGAUCAAGAAGGUCAUGGAAGGCGUAGAUGAACCAGAAACAAUUACAUCACAGGCAAUGCGCAAAUUGUCCGAAAUUGCACAACAGUUCAUGAAGGAUACUGAUACAAAGAACAAUGACGCGAAGAAGCUCAUUGACUUAGUCGGAACAUUCGGACAGGCAUGCGCAGGUAUCGCUAGAACAUCUGAACAAGCUUUGGAGACAAAGAAGCAAAGAGCUCAGGCAACAAGUCAAACUGUUAUUGGACAAGGCGGAAAAGUACUUGGAAAGGCACUUGUUUUACCAAAGACAAACUUAAUGAAGAGAUUAGAGUUAGAGUCAAGAGUUAUCAAGGCUAGAAUCAUCUUAGAAAGAUCAGAAAAGAAGCUUCAAGCUAUGAAUUAA